GCUGCGCUGCGCUGCGCGGUGCGGUGCGGCCCGGGCCUGCCGCGGGGGCACACAUGGCAGUGCACCCAGGAGCUGCCUGAGGGUUCCCAGGGUGAGAGAGGGAGAUGGGGAAGAGAUACUUCUGUGACUACUGCGACAGGUCCUUCCAGGACAACCUUCACAACAGGAAGAAACACCUCAAUGGAGUGCAGCACCUCAGAGCUAAGAGAGUCUGGUACGACUUGUUCCGAGAUGCUGCUGCCAUCCUGCAGGAGGAGCAAACCAAGAAGCCUUGUCGGAAGUUUCUGCAAACAGGCCAGUGUGAUUUUGGCUCCAACUGCAGAUUUUCCCACAUGACAGAGCAGGACCUGGAGAAGCUGAGUGCCCAGGUUCAGGGGGAGCAGAGACUGAAGGAGCUGCAGCAGGAGGGAGCAGAUGUCCCACCUGGCACCAUUGAGGACUGGCUGGAGAAGCGAGCAAAGAGACUGAGCACAGCUCAGAGUGUCAGUGCUCUGCCUGAGAAACCAGCACCUUUCCAGUACCCGCCGGGCUGGCCACCCCUGCAGGAGCUGCCCCCAUCCCUGCGGGCCCCCCCGCCCGGGGGGUGGCACAUCCCCCCCAACCUGCAGUGGGGCUGAGCCACAAGGACCUCACAGAAGUUGUGCUGAGCUGGACCUUGGCCCUGGCCUGCUCUGGGAAAGGGACAGAAUUAUUUAUGUACCUUUUCAUACCAAUAAAGCCUCCCCCAGCA